UAUAUUAUCAUUUUUUAUUUGGAUAACAUAAUAAAAUUUUAUCAAAUUCUAAGGAAUCACUAAUUUAUGUAAUAUUAAUAAAUAUAUGAGUAAUUUAAUCAAUUUUUAAAAAAUGUACUAUCAGAUAUUUUGUAAUCAGAUCAAUGGUAUCAGAUCACAUGUUAAUAGUGAUUUUUUGAGUUUUUACCGGGUUAUAUCGGAUUUUUAAUUAAUAAAUUUUUCAUUAAAUCUGAACCGGAUUAUAUAAAAUGUAUCGGGUCUAUAGGUUCAACCAUGAAUCUAGGUUAUAUAUGAAAACAAAUCUUAAAACUCAAACAUUAUUAUAGAACAACUACCAUAUUUCGAACAAAUACCAUAUUUUGAAGAGAAAAAAAAACAAAUGAUAAAAACCUAAAAACUCAAUUGUUAUGGUUCGAAACAAUAAUAAUGGUAAUUUGUAAAUUAAUUUUCGAUUAAUAAAUGAAAAACAAACAAACCUGCACUUUUUAAGCGCGGAUCAAAAUCUAGUAGUUUUUUAAAAUUUAAGAGUUUAAAUAUACUUAUGAGUUUGAUUGGUAUAUACAGUAGAACCUCUAUAAAUUAAUAAUUUUGGGACUUUGAAAUUUUAUUAAUUUAUAGAGAUAUUAAUUUACAAAAGUUUCCAUAUUUAAAUUUUUUAUUUUUGGAUAUAUUUAUCCUAAGAUAAAAAAAAAAUUUGAUUUUAGUGUAUAGACAUUACUUGUUAUUUUUUUGAAAUUUGACAUUUAUAUUAAUUUUAUUAUAUUAUUUGGUGUAUAUAAUAUAUAUUGAAUAGAAUAAAUGUGGUUUUAGAUAUAAUAUUACUAAAUCUCAUCAAAAAUAUAUUAAGUGUUAAGAAAAUAUAAAGACAAUUCCAUUGUGAAUAUAUAUAAGACAAUAUAACAUUAGGUUCUUAAUUACUUAUAUAAAAUAUGUAUACAUAUAAAUUAUUAAUUUAUAAUUUUAAUGGGACCAUAUAUUUACAUAUAAUUUUCUAAAAAAAUAUUAUCUUAUUAUUUUAUCGAUUUGUGUCAAAUUUUGAACCGGCCCAAAGUUGGGACCGGCGAAAUUUAUUAAUUUAUAGAGAUUAUUAAUUUAUCGAAUAUUAGUUUAUAGAGGUUCUAUUGUAUGUCUGAAGAAUAAUGCAUUACUAAAAGAGAUUUUGCAGAUGACAAAAAAAAGAAGAAGAUAUUUUGCAAAAUAAUUUACAAAAUUAGCCAUUUCAAAUUAGUUAAUUGCCCAAGCCCAGAAUAUGAUUAAAUACAAUCAUAGAUAGAUAGAGAGGUAGGAAUUUCUUAAAAUAGUCGAAUGAUAACAUUUGAAGUGAAUGGAGUUUUUGCAAUCUUUUUUUUUUUGACAAAGAGUUUUUGCAAUCUAUAUAUAAUUACAAAACGUUAAAAUUUUGGUUUUAGCAAGCCAACUAUAUAUGGUCCUUUUACUUAUAUUUCUAAUACCUCCAAAGUGUAUAUAUACUGGCUGGAAUCACGUGAAAAUCAAUGAUCAUUCAUCUCCUAUGUUAAGUUUCAUGAACACAUAUUUUUUUUUUUUAAAGUUUCAUGAACACAUACGAACAGACGAACAGUACACAUUAACAUCAACUUAAUAUUUCAUCUAAUAUAUAUUCAACAUUUCCAAGUGGGCUAUUAGGCAAUCAUUAUAAUUGGGGAGUCUCUCACCUUAAGCAAACUGGGCGUCUUUUCUAUACCUCAUCACCUAAUCGUUAAGGCCAAUUUUUUUUUCUGAAAGGGUGGUGCGUGGUGUGACAGCAUAAAUUAAAAGAUUGUCAGAACCGUAAAAGAAGUCGUGUUGGAUCGUCUACCUUAAUGGAGAAACAGAUAAAUUUUAAAGGAAUACUAAGCAGUAAAGUCGCUGAAAAUCCAGACUUUUACAAUUGGAAUAAAGCAGAAGUUCGGUAUUGUGAUGGCGCAUCCUUUAGCGGUGAUAGCGAAAACAAGACGGCACAACUUCAGUUUAGAGGAAAGCGUAUAUUUUUAGCCGUCAUUGAAGAUUUGAUGGCAAAGGGAAUGCGUUAUGCGAAGCAGGCUUUGCUCAAUGGAUGUUCUUCUGGGGGUCUUUCAGCGAUUUUACGCUGCGAUGAUUUCAGUAGUUUGUUUCCUCAUACCACCAAAGUAAAAUGCAUGAGCGAUGCUGGCUUCUUCCUCGAUGCGGUUGAUAUAUCCGGAGCUCGUUCUUUAAGGCGUAUGUAUUCUGGUGUCGUAAACACCCAGGGUUUGCAAAACUUGCUUCCUCGCACAUGCACAAGACAUCUUGAUCCAACCAUGUGCCUUUUCCCUCAAAACAUAAUCAACCAAGUCAGGACCCCGUUGUUUAUUCUCAACUCGGCAUUUGAUUCGUGGCAGAUUGAAAAUAGUAUAGCUCCACCAUCUGCUGAUCCGAGUGGCAGUUGGCAUAAUUGCAGCUCCAGCUUCAAUUGCAACGCCUCUCAGAUGCAAUUCUUGGAAGGUUUCAAGAAGAGCAUGUUAGAUGCCUUAAAGACCUUUUCGAUGUCAAGCAAAAACGGAGUUUUUAUUAGCUCGCGCUGGGCUCAUUGUCAAGCGGAGAGAAAAGAUACUUGGUUUCCUGGAAACUCUCAACCCGGUGAAGAUAAGGGGAUUGCUGUAGCUGUUGGAGAUUGGUACUUCGAAAGAACAAAAAAGUAAAGUUCACAGACUGAUUAUCACUGUGAUAAUAAGAAACGUUGUUAAGGAGAUGUUUGUUUCACUUUAGUCGCAUCGAUUAUUGUUGAGUUUUUCAUUGAAAGGCUGUGAAGGGAUUCCAUAAAUAUGUUUCUAUCCAUUUACUCAGCCAACCCAAUAAAUAAAAAUGUUUUUUAUUCA